AGCUGGUCAGUGGAAUAUUGUCCGUUAUCCGCGAUUUUGGGAUUAGAGAAUCUCCCCAUCGCAAAUCCGACGUGCAGAGACAUCACGGUUGUCAUUCUCAACCACACUAAAGAUGGGCUAGAUCUCGAUCCUGAGUCUAACACCUCUACUGUGGACAGUGGGAGCCCGCAGACUCUCUACCACCUGAGUCGAUCGGCCCCGGAGGAAAGUGUACUAUGGCAUUGCAAAUCAACGGGGAUGAGACGGGGCGUUGAUGGAUCGGUCACGUACAGGAUGUCAGGCGCAGUGCCUCAUGAUAAAGUUCGAUUCUGCUGGAAGAUACGCUACUUCGGAAUAAACCACUACGAAACGGCGGCUACACGGGAUGGGUAUAUAGUCAGAGUGGUUGUAUUUGUCUUCUGAAAGGUCACACCAUCGCAUGAUCGAAAUUGAAUUUACCUAAGGAUUUUAGCUGGCAUACUGGACUCAGACACCGUAGUAUUCAGCUUAGAUGAAUUAGGAAUGGAUGAUGCGAAC